AUGGCUGAUUCUAUAGGAUCCGUUUUCAAGUCCUUCUGGCACACCAUGACCAGUUAUGAUAGGCACUCCAGCUACGACUCGCCAUACCGCUCGGGAAGACAUAUGCCUCUGAACAGGCAAUCCACCCUCACGUCCGUUGCAACAGCUUCCGAGUCCCGCGCCGACGUUUCAUCCCCCUACUUUGGCGACGAGACGGGACGGUUAUCGACAAUCGAUACAAGCACAUCCUACAUGGGCGCAGGCAUGCCCUCUCCGCUGGCGAGUCCUGGCGGCCCAUACUCACCCGGCUUGCGGUCACUGAACGCGAAACAACAAAACUCCGGAAACGAUGGCUUCGAGACCAUUAGCAGCCCAGGAGAGAUCCCCAUGCAAUCCUUCGCAGACGGUCCUCCUGCCCCUCCCGUCAGCCACUCGUGGAAGCGCAUCGACAACUGGGCCGAGGAAAACUACCCCGAACUGUGGGACCAACUCUGCGAGGGCGCUACCAACAAUGACAUGAACGAAUUAGAACACCAACUGGACUGCUCCUUGCCUCAGGAUGUUAGGGACUCUCUGAUGGUCCACGAUGGCCAGGAGCGAGGUGGCACCCCGACAGGCAUCGUUUUCGGCUCCAUGCUUUUGGACUGUGAGGAGAUCGUCCAGGAGAGGGACCAAUGGUUGAGGGUGAACCAGGAAUACUUGCUUGAGACGCAGGUCGUCAAACCUGCUGUUCCUUCCAAGGCAUUUGGUGGCAGCAACCAGGCUUCGUCGUCGAAAUCCACCCCCGGCUCUCCCUCGGGCAGCCAGAGUUCGACCUGGAGACAAGAUCUCAUGUCCAAACAAGACUCGGUCCCCGCAGGUGCUGUCCAGAGGGUUUACGCCCACCCUGCGUGGAUUCCGCUGGUACGGGACUGGGGCGGCAACAAUCUGGCAGUCGACCUCGCACCUGGCCCGUCCGGCACAUGGGGCCAGAUAAUCCUGUUUGGCCGCGACUACGACAUCAAAUAUGUUGUCGCUCGUUCGUGGGCCCACUUUAUCGCCAUCGUGGCAGACGACUUGAACAGCGGCAGGUGGUAUAUUGACGAGGACUCGAAUGAGCUGAAGCUGCGUGAAUUUAACACAAGCCGCGUCGAGCCGGCUUAUUUCGACAUCUUGAGAUGGAGAAUGGAUCAGAAGAACGGCCGCGGUGCCAAGGCUGCCGCUAAGAGAAGAUCAGUUGGCCCUCGAGGAGCUGCCUCCCCUACGAGCUCCCCGUACGCUGGUCCCGUUGACGCAAAUGUCAAUGGGGAGGCUCGCGGCAGGACUCUGCAGAGGCUCAGCAGCCCCUCACCACUCACCAGCCCCAUCCGACCAGGCUACGGCAAGUCAAGUCCGCUGGCUAGGGUCACCGAGGAGUUGACGACAUCCGCCUUGACCGCGGCACCACUGGACACAUCUGGACUCCCAGCCAACAAGCUUGUCGAAAUCGAGACCCCGCGCCCCAGCGAAGAGGCCAAGUCUUCACCAACGGGUAAGCUUCCGAAUGGUGAUGCUAAUGGCAAAGGCAAGGAAAACGUCAAGGCCGAUGCCGCCGCACUGAGUGGCACGGCUACAGACGAGGUCGAAGAAGGCAUGAAGACAAUCGAGAUCUAG